CUGUAUUUUGUUCAAAGAUUAGACCAGAGUGUGCAUUGUACGCAGUGCCAAAGAUUCUCCUAAGCCGCAGACCCAUUUACGAUCCGUUCGUCCGUUUCUGGUCCCCUUGGAAGUAGCAAAACGUCUCAAGACUGAAGAGUGAGCCCAUGUCACUGGCAUAGUCCAUGCAUAAGACCAAAGAGCAAUUUCAGAGGCCAGCCAGUCCCAAUUGUUUUUACCUACCAGUUUACUCCAAGAUAAUGCCGGCCUCUAGCUAGCUGCAUGUGCCAAUGAGACCCGUUCAGUUUGAACUUUGCAUCCAUGGAGACAGUAAUACUCUCUGGCCAGCUGAAGGUAGAAGAAGAAGAAGGCAAUGAUGAGGAAUGAAUGACAUUAGCAGUUACAGACUUACAGUUAGCAGUGCACAGUCAUUGCAGUAUUCAGCAAUCGGAUUGUCCGGCGAGGAAGGGGAGUCGCCGGAGAAGGGGGAGAUGCCGACGGUGUGGGCGGCGCUCAAGAAGUCGCUCAACUGCAAAUCGGGGGAUUCUUGCGGCGUGAUCGAGCGGGAGGAAUCUCAGGGCGGCGUCACAGCCGGCAAGAAGUCGUCGUCGACGUCGGCGGCGGCGCUGCGCAGGUCGGGGUGCUCGCGGUCCAUCGCCAACCUGAGGGACGUGUUCCACAGCCAGUACGGUGGCAGCCGGAGGCAGGAGGACGCCGUCGCCGCCGCCGCCGCCGGCGAAGGCGAUGGGGGAUGCGGUAGCCCGAGGUCGAUAGGGAGCAACGACGUGCUGAACCCGGUGACCCACGACGUGCUGCUCGCCGCCAGGUCGGACGCGAAGUGCGAGCUCCGGAUCAGCACCCCCGGCCGCGGCGCGUGGGCCGGCGCCGGCGGCGGGGUGCCGUUCCCGCACAGCCCGCUCCUGCUGCGGUGCAGCACCACCCCUGUCUCGACGAGGAAGUCCCCGUCCGCCAUGUCGCCGCUCCGCCGCGCCGAUGACGACGACGACAACGCCGAGGCGCCGUCGCCCGCUCCCGCCAGGGCCUCCUGCGAGGUCGGCAUCCGGUGCCACCGCUGCGGCGACCGCUUCGCCAACCACGACGCCCUGGAGUCGCACCACCACUCCAGACACGCCGUGACCGAGCUGGUGGAAGGCGACUCGUCGAGGAAGGUGGUGGAGAUCAUCUGCAAGGCCGGGUGGGCGAAGACGGAGAACGCGCUGGGCCGCAUCGAGCGGGUGGUGAAGGUGCACAACGCGGAGAGGUCGGUGGCGCGGUUCGAGGAGUUCAGGGAGGCGGUGAAGGGGAAGGCGGCGAGGCUGUCCAAGAAGCACCCGCGCUGCCUCGCCGACGGCAACGAGCUCCUCCGGUUCCACGCCACGACGCUCGCCUGCUCCCUCGGCGCUGGCGACUCCUCCACCCUCUGCACGUCGGGCAGCUGCAGCGUCUGCCGCAUCAUCCGCCACGGCUUCUCGGCGACCAGAGAGAUCAAGGACGGCGUCGGCGUGUUCACCACCUCCACCAGCAAGCGCGCGCUGGAAUGCAUCGCCGGAGACGGAGACGGCGACGAGGCGGCGAACGCGGGCGUGAGGAAGGCGCUGCUGGUGUGCAGGGUGGUCGCCGGGAGGAUCCACCGGCCGCUGGAGAAUCUCCAGGAAGUGGCGGCGCAGCCGGGGUUCGACUCCGUCGCCGGCAAGGUGGGCGCCUACGCCAGCAUCGAGGAGCUCUACCUGCUCAACCCGAGAGCUCUCCUCCCUUGCUUCGUCGUCAUCUGUAAACCUUGAUGAUUCCUUCUGCAAAACUGCUUUUAAGAAUUGAGGAAUCGAAUCAUUGUUUAGAGUGGUGAUCUGAUCCCAGGUAUUGUUCUGUUCUGUUAGAUGCUGGCGAUUUGUUAGUAUGUACAUUUUGCUGUUGUUUCUUCUUCAGAAAAAAAAAGCACAUGAUUUUAGCAGUUUUUUUUUUUAGAUUUGCAAAUGCGUGUGUUUAUCAGUGGAUGUUUGCAUGAUGUUGUGGUGCUUAGGAAUAUGGCAUCAAUUCGAGAUA